CGGGCGGCGUUUCCGGGUUCCUUUGUCCCUGGUGUCGCAGCCCAGCUCCGUUCCUCCCCCUCCGCGCCCCGCCCUCUUCUCCGCCCUCAGAAAAUAAGCAGAUCACACCUUUCAAGAUGGCACAGUUCAAGCGCCAGAAGCAGCUGCGAACCAGCGGUCUUCAAGGGGCCAGGUCAUUCUCAGGAACCCAACCAGCCUCUUUAUUGGGACCUGCACCUGGCCUAUUAAAUCCUCCUAUCUCAGCAGAUAUCAUUCAGGCGGCACGUCAUCUUCAGGGGGGAGAGAAGCAACGCGUUUUUACCGGUAUUGUCACCAGCCUUCAUGAUUACUUUGGAGUGGUGGAUGAUGAAGUUUUCUUCCAGUUAAGUGUUGUCAAAGGUCGGAUCCCACAGAUUGGCGAAAAAGUGCUGGUGAAAGCUGUUUACAACCCUAGCCAAUCGGUGCCCUGGAAUGCCUUGAAGGUCCAGACAUUGUCAAAUCAGCCUCUUCUGAAGCCUCCCACCCCUCUGCUCCAUGUGGGUUCUUUGGGACAGAAGCAAGGCAUCCUGGGAGCCCAGCCUCAGCUGUUGUUUCAGCCUCACCGGAUCCCACCACUCUUUCCCCAGAAGCCAAUAAGCCUCUUCCAGACAUCUCCAUCGCUCCACUUGGGUCAUCUAGGGAGAUACAGUGGUCGCGGUCCAAAGGGCAGGCAGGACUCGGGCAGAUGGGAUGACUUUGAUUCCAAGAAGCGGAAGCAGAAGGGGAAUGAGCCAUGGGGAGCGAAAAAGCCACGGCACGAACCGCCCCAGUAUCGGGUCCAGUUGGCUUGCUAUGCUGUGAACAGCCCCUUCUGCGAUGCCAUGGAAAUCCUGAGACGUUACUCCAGUAUCCAGUUGCCCAAGGAGUUCUAUGACGUCCGCCUCUGCUGGCUGGACACCUUCCCGCUCGCACAGCCGCUGACUCUCCGUCACCCCAGCCGCAUCCAGGUGGCCAAUCCUGAAGAAAUGCCUCCAGCCGAUGAGAGCCCCAUGCAGGAUGCUCAGCCAGAGGACACCAACUCCUCAUUCAGUGCCAAGGUUUUGCUGCUCUCGUCUCCGGGCAUAGAAGAAUUCUACCGCAAUUGUUUGCUAUACAUUGAAGAUCCCAGUGACCAGAGGGAGAGUCCUGAGCACCCAACGAAGCAAAUUAAGUUCUUGCUAGGAAAGAAGGCUGAUGAAGCGGUGCUGAUUGGAGGGGAGUGGUCCCCUUCACUGGACGGUCCUGACGCGGCUGCAAGCCCCAUGGUUCUGAUCCGUACGGCUAUUCGUUGCACCAAAGUGCAGACCGGCUUGGACUUGAGCACUUGCACUAAAUGGUUCCGGUUUGCUGAGUUCAGAUACCUGCGGGAGGGAAGCCCGGCUCAUCAAGAGAAGACUGUGAUCUUCCUGCCAGACAUCUGGAGCUGUAUGCCGUCCCUUGAAGAAUGGGAGGCCCUGUGUAAGCAGAAAGCAGAGAAAGCACCGCCGACAGAAGAGAAAGCGGAGAUGGAAGAGGAAGCUGAGCAGGCCUCCGAACCGGGUCCCGAGCAGGAGAUGGAGGCCAGCGAACAGGAAGCCGACUCAAACGAACCUGCCCCUGAGCCACCCCUUGAGACCUCUGCGCCUGAACUCGAGGCCCCGACUCCUCCCCUGGAACCGGCCCUCAUCGCCCACCCACAGGCAGCACUGCAGGGUGGGCAGGCCAGUUGCACCAACAUCUCCCUUUUCACCCUGCUGGAGUACAGGCGGCAGCGGGAGAAGCUCUCCUUCGAGGUGGCAGUGGCGGCAGAGCUCUUCCAGGAGAUGCUUCAGCGGGAUUUCGGCUACAAGCUCUACAAAGCUUUACUAGCGCUGCCAGAGAAGGAGGAGCCGCUGGAAGUAAAGAUCCCUGAGCUGGAGAAAGCUGCGGAAUCGGAGAAGGAGGUAGAGAGCGAACCGAAAGAAGAGCCUCCGGAGAAGCCUGGAACAGAGGACGCACCUGGCAAUAACCUGAAGGAAGCUCAGAAGGAGGAGGCUGGGGAUACCGACAAGAAGCCAGCAGCUCAAGACGGGGCCAAUUCAGCCAAGGAGGAGAAGGUCAGUGGAAGUGUCAAAGCGGAAGCAAAGGAUUCCACGGAUGACCUCUGUGAGCUGAGCCUGGAGGACGACCUGCUGCUGCUAAGAGAGGACGAGGAGGAGGAUUUCGGUGUCAAGUUGGAAGACGCGGAAGUGAGAUCAGUCGCAUCCAACCAAUCAGAGAUGGAAUUCUCCUCUCUUCAUGAUGUGCCCCGAGAGCUGGACCCCACUACUGUGUUGCCCCUGGAUGCCCUCCUUGCCUUCAUUUACUUUGACUUGAAUUUCUGCGGCUACCUGCAUAGGAAGGAUAUGGAAAAGAUCCUUCUCACCUUGGGACUGCACCUCUGCAAAGAGCAGGUGAAGCGCCUGGUGAACAGGGUGGUGACGCAGUUCGUGUGCCGCUACCGCAGCCUACGCUACAGCCGGCAGGAAGGGAUCGAGCCAGGCCUGGAGGAAGAGCUGCUAGGCAACCUCGCUCUCCUGUGCUCAUCCAGCCCUGUGCCUGAGGCUCCUCCUUCUAGGUCUACCCCAGAAACUCAGUCCGGUAAUCUGGUUUCAUACAACGGGGCUAUCCUCAACGUGGGCAAACUGCUGGAAAAGGCGGAGCAGACGGAAAACAGCCGACUCUAUCUGGAGAACAAAAUCCACACGCUGGAGCUCAAAUUGGAAGAGACCCAGAUUCGCUUCUCCACGACAGAGACAUCGAACAAGGCCUUGACAUUGGAAGUGCAGGAGCUGCAGAAGCGCCUCACUGAGAUGGAGGAGCAGUCCAAAGUGGCCGAGAGGCAAAAAUCCCAUUUCCAGAGGCUGUUGCAAGAGAAUAAGAAACGCCUGGUUCCGCUGCAGCUGGAAAUCCAGAAGAUCAUUGAGAAGACCAAUAAUUGCUUAGAAAAGAAAGAACCAACACCUACAGCAGUUUCCGGCAACUGACAUUCCCCGGAGAAGCAGCUUGGCAGGGAAGAUCUGUACCCUGGUUUGGUAUUUUUGGGCUGUGGGUUAGCGGUUGGGGUAAGCCUUUGAAGCCUUCAACCGUUUCGCUGCCAUGUGAAGGGCCGGAGCUGGUUUUCAUCCUAAAACCACCGCCACCACCUCCACCUCCACCACCCCAGGCUUGGGGAAAGGGCCACCUAGCCCACGCAUGGCUGGGAUUCACAGUUCAUACGCUGGAGCCACCAUUAUUGUUUAAAGGAUACCCAUUAGGUAGGAGUUUCGAUGGUCUGUUGUGUGAUUGGAGAAGCUACGAUGUAGGUAUUCUCAGGCUGUCUCCCAGCAGCAAGCCUCAGAAGGGAAAUUUUAGCCCAGUACUGAGCCUGAUGCUGUUGUAAAUGGACAGGAGGUGCCGACUGCUCCAAAGGGUGUGGCUAGCCUCUUUGUGCUGCAUGGAGACUUCCCCCUCCCUCCCCCUGCAAGCUUUCGCUCAAGGAGGCGGCGCUCUGCCUGCCUUUUGACGGCAAAGGAAUCAUCAGAAUUGGCAGGGCUUUAAACAUCAGAAGCAACGCAGUGGCUCCCGCCUGUGCCCUCCAUGGAUUGUGCAUUCAGUGCUGCAGGCUAGUUUGUGGCUCUUGCGGGUGCUGUGGUUGGGGCUUAAAGCCUCACGCAUUCAGCACAGCAUUUUAGCCAUUUUAAGGAAAACAAUGCCAUUUGAUUCCCUCUCGGCCAGUCUCAAGUCACUCAUUUACCAGAUGUAGCUUUAAAGGCUCAGCAACGUGCUGCGUUCGCGCGAGCCUUGAAAUGUUAAGUGAAAUUCUUGACCAUCAGGUCUGGGCUUCAGGGUCUCGGACCUUGGCAGUAGGGUGGCUGCAAUACAUUUAACUUCCAUUUUGGGGAAGUUGUAGGUGGCAGGAGGGCUGUGGUAGAUAGGUAGCCCCUUGGGGUCCUGUGGUAGUCUUUUGCAGAGUAGCUGGUGGACCUGUGCAAAGCAGGGCCUGGGCCUGGUCCCUCCGGCAAUGGGGAUGGUUUGCAUCUGCUCUGGCCACCUGCUCCCCCACCCUCAGGUGGCCUGUUACUUCUGGAUGUGUGUUGCUUUUAGUCUGUAAAUGUGGUAACAACUUGUAUUUAACUGGCCAGGUUCCCUUUUAUAAAAAUCUCUUCCUCA